GGAAGGGAAGUUAUUCGGCAACUUUUUACCGACAAGUUCAUCUAGUCGCUCGGAAGAAGCGAGGACACGCGGGGGGUUUCGGAACUCGGGAAAGCGCACUCUUUGGCGACUUUUAUGCGCACGUCGGAGACGCGCAGCUUCGCGCCCGGCCCGGGACACUUUGGGAGCGCGCGGGCGAUGCGGUGCGAGUGAGCUAUGCCGAGUGGAAAUGGACAGACUGUAUCCCAGCGAGAACAUGGCGUCUGUUUCUCCGGGCUCGGGCUCGGGCUCCUCUGCGCGCUGCUCUUCGCGCUCUGCUUCCUCGCGGGCUCCGCGGACUCCGUGGGCUGCAGCCCGUGUCCCGCCAACUGCUCGUGCGCGGUGCUGGGUGCGCCGGGCUCGUGCGUGGUUAACUGCUCCAACGCGGUGCUUGAGCGCGGACCCGACGCUGCGGAGCUCCCGUCCGACACCGAUACUCUAGAUCUGUCCAGGAACCGCAUUUCCUCAGUAGAUGCCAAUCUCUUUGAUCGUCUGACUUCCUUGAAGGAAUUGUAUCUUCAAGGUAACCGUAUUACUAUUCUUCCUCGAGGGAUCUUCGGAUGUGGGAUGUUGUCCGUGCUAGAUCUAAGCUACAACCAGAUUUCUACGUUAGAAGAAAGAAUAUGCGAUAAUUUAUUUAAUUUAACUGAAAUUAACCUGAGCUUCAACCCGCUCGAGUGUAACUGCAAGUUGUUCCGGCUGGUGAAUUGGCUUCGUGAGAGGGGGGUACGCCUGCAACAGGAAGAUGCCACGCGGUGUGACCGACCCUUGGAAGUGAGGAACCAACCGCUUCUCAACGUCAACGUCAGCCUCCACGCCUGUGGCCUGAACUACGCCGCCUGCCUCCAGGAUGGCCACACGGGGUUGAAGGAGUUGGUGAUCUUCACAAAGUCCACACCAGGGAACUUCACACGGGAGACUUGCAACACGCAGUGCUUUGCACAGGGCCAGCGCUAUGGCGGCCUGGGGGCGCAUCAGGAGUGCCUGUGCAGCACCAACUCGCUGCCCAACGACAUCAGCGAGUCUCAGUGCUCAGCGGCCUGCACCGACCCGCUGGUGAUGAAGCGGUGCGGCUGGACCGUGGCGCUCGACGUCUUCCCCAUUGACUUCUCUGCUUUCUUUCGGGAGACACGCCGCGUCUCUGUCCACACCGAAGCGACCCUGGCUGUCAGCUCCUCUGUGCCCCCCGACACAGUUUCCUGGAAUUUCAGUGACUCCACGCCUCUUUUCAACAACACCAAGCUCUUCUGCCAGCAUAAGUAUGCCUUACCAGGGAAAUAUGUGCCCCACGUGACACUCUUGUCCAACAACAAGCAGCUGUCUGUCACAGGGGAGAUACAAGUUACUCUACCCCCAAUCCUGAACCUGUCUUGCCCGGAAUAUGUGGUGGCCAAUCACAGCCUUGAAAUCCAGCUGGCCAACUGGGGUGGAGAGGGCGUGGCGGUGGACUGGAGGAUCCUGAGGGAUGGAAAUGAGGUUCUCAAAGCUGCGCCCCACUGCCCGGCAGAAGGCACGUUGCACGGUGACCCGCCCCACUGUUACCAGCUGGUGCCCGAGGAGUGCAGCUGGGCAGAGGCCCGACGCCGUUGCGCCGCUCAUGGUGGGGACCUUGCCGUGGUCCGAGUCGAGUCGCUCCGGAACCUCCUCGCACCUCGAGUCACGCAGGAGCGUGGAGUUUGGCUCGGGCUCAGCGAUGUGAACUCCCCCAACUCGCUGCGCUGGGUCAACGGCUCGGACGCCGCCCCGGAAGAGGGCGGAGCACGAGACAGGGCCACCCUAGUGCCCGGCAACAUCUGUGUGUCUCUGGACUCCGGUGGCCAUGUCAGCUCCCACCCCUGCAGUGCCACGAGGGCCUUUGUUUGCGAGUUCAAGCCGGAAGUGCCAAUACCAGAUGCGAAGGUCUUCAUGGUGGGUACCACAGUCUUCCAAUCUCAAAGGCCCCUUGACACCACUGCCGACAUGCUGCCCAUCCUAGAUGCUCCCAUUGGAGAUGUCGAGCUGCUGAUGUUCCCGGCAAUGGGCUUCUGGCACGAGGGCCGUCUGUCUGCAGUUGAGUUCGUCACGCAGGACCUAACCGUGCAGGUGCAGGUGCGCUUCCAGGUGUACAAACCCGACUGCCAGGAUAUGCACCUGCUGCUGCCAGGUGGUGAGGAGCUCUGCUUUCCCAUUGCCGUGUGCCAGGCCCAGGAGAUGAACACCACUUCGGUUGAACCCUGUCCUUCUUGGCAACAGUGGUGUAGCUUCCGGAAGCAGUGUUUACCCAUUAGUAGCCCCUGUCCGCCCAGCUCCUACCCCAACUGCUCCACGGUUGAUGUCCUUCCACCUGAGGCUAGCUAUCCUACAUUUAGCCUGGUCCAUGACAUUUCCUUCACCCUUCCAUCAGGAACAAGCAGACACCAGAUGGUACAAGAGCUUGUCAAGGACUUUGAGGUCUUCCCAGGUGACAUUAUUGCCCUCCAGCAUGAUGCUGGUCCUGGGGGUCUACUCCAGUGCACCACAGAGCCCUUCUCACCAUGGAGACAGAGCUUCUUCUCCCUCAACAACAGCGAGUGGCUCAAUGACACCAUUGAUAUCAAUGAUAUCAGUUAUUGGGCCAACUGGACGGAGGAUGCUGUCUGCCAGCUAAGAGUUUUAUACACUGGGAAGGUGGAAUCCUCCAUUCCAGGGCAGCUUCUUCAGAUGGGGUUGCCAAACCCUGGUGUUUACAGCUUCGAGGUGACAUCCCGUGACCCUGACUUUCCCAGCCAGGCAUCUUGCUCUAUCCAAGUGGUACCGCCCAUGGAGCUUGCUGUAAUUUACCCCCAAAGCCAGAAUGGCACUAUUUAUUUCACUACAAACCAGACCUUUCUACUACUCAGGAUCCGGUCCUGGCACAAGGCCUCGGCCAGCUGGCAGGGGGGGAACCAAACCAUCCCCUUUGAACUUGCCUGUCCAUCUAUGUUGGCCUCUGUAGUGGAGGAAUGCCAGUCAAACAAGCACAAUGACAUGCACUUCGCCUACGUGGACUUGCCCCAGGGCAGCUCGCCAUCUGCCACUCUUGUGCUCACUGCUCACAGUGAGGUGACCUCCUCCAGUUUGACCAUCCAUGUUAAGGUAGAGGAGCCACUAAAGGGUCUGAAGGUCUUGCCCCACCCCAGUCACAGAGUGCUGAUGGAGUCCCUGGUUAGUUACAGCGCCACUGUGGAGGGCGGCUCGAAUCCCAGCUUCAAGUGGACAGUUGAUGACAAGCCAUACUUCACCUACUACAACACAGUCCUUAACGUCAUCUACCAGAAUGCUGCCGUUUACAAGCUGACCGUGACAGCACAGAACCAUGUGAGCAAAUUGACCGAGCACUUCAACGUCACAGUGGACAGGAUGAACCCCAUGGGCAAUGUGGUGGUUGAAGGCGUCCCGCCCAUCAUCACGCAGGGUUCAGCUGUGACACUGUCUGUGUCCGUCGCUGUUGACAUGUCCGUGGAUGCCACCAUAAGGUGGUCUUUCGGGGAUGGAGGAUAUCAAGUGUACCAUUUCAAACCUCCCUAUGACAGUUCCCUCUUACUUCCUGAUCCAUCUGUCAAAAUGGUCACCCUGCAGCACAACGUCACCUACAUUUAUUCACAGCCUGGAGAAUAUAUUCUCACUGUUUCAGUGUCCAACCGGUAUGAGAACAGCAGCCAGAAGAAAGAGAUGGUUGUGUACAGUGUGUUGACAAACGUGGAGAUAAUGACUGAGUCCAGUCCAAUGAUGACUGGAAUCCCCCUCAUUUUUGAGGCUCAUCCCCUGCCUUCAGCCUAUGGCAUUGUGUAUACCUGGGACUUUGGGGAUGGGUCUGCCCAGUCACAAGGUCGCCGUGUCUACCAUAUCUUUUCCCGCUGCGGCAUCUACAACAUCACUGUAUUCAUCAAUAACACCAUCAGCCAGCUAGCAAAUUACACAGAGUUUUUAGUAUCGGAGGACAUCCAGGGCCUGGAAGCCUUCACCUCAGCCCCCACAGAGCUUAACACUCCUACCAUGGUGAGAGCCCAAGUGGAGGCUGGCAACAACAUCACCUGGACCUUUGAUAUGGGGGACAAUCAAGUACUGACCAGCCUUGAACCACAGGUGGAGUACACCUACUUGAAGGAUGGCAACUACACAGUAAAUGUUACAGCCACUAAUGAAGUCAGUGCCAAGUGGGUCACCGUACAGGUGAAGGUGUUUGUGCUGCAGGUGCUUUUGCUGGAGCCCUCUGGCUGUAUCCAGGAGCUCAAGAACAUCAGUUUCAAUGCCUCUGUAUCUGGAAACUCCUCCAUCUACAUGUAUGAGUGGAGCUUUGGGGAUGGCACACCCAACCGGACCAUCCAUGGAACACCUCACAUCACCCACAUAUUCUCCAUGAGUGGGGACUAUCAUCUCUCACUUCAUCUGUCCAGUAAAGUCAACAAAGCCAACUUCUUUGCCUGGAUUUGCGUCCAGCCAGUGAUUACCAACGUCUCACUUACUCCCUUGAGCAGCUACACUAAACUUGGUGAGGAAAGCAGGUUUGUUGUCAGCACCUUUCCAGAAUUUGAAUACACCUACCUCUGGGACUUUGGCAUCAACAACUCCUUGAUCCGGGGAGAAAACGAGAUGGCCUUCACUUACAAAAACCCUGGUCAGUACCUGGUGAUGGUUACUGUGCUCAACAAUAUCUCCUGCAGCAACAACACUGCCCUGAUUGAGGUGCAGGAGUCAGUUGGCCUUGUGGUGAUCCAACACAAUGGCACCAAGUCUAACAGCUUAACGCUGCACCAACCCUACAUGUUUACUGCAUCAUCAGGGACUACAAAGGUAUGCUACACCUGGGAUUUUGGCGAUGGUAGUAUCCUGUCUGGCCAUACAGUCACACACAUCUAUAACCGUUCGGGCCAUUUCAACAUAAGCCUGAUUGGAAGCAACAAAGUGAGUCGUAACAGUAGUGAAAUAACAGUGGCAGUCAUCACACCCAUUCAGGGCCUGACAAUCAAUGCCAGCCUGACCAAUGUACCACUAAACACAUCCGUCCACUUUGAGGCAAACCUUGAACAGGGCGAUGGUGUCAACUACUCCUGGAUCUUGUGUGACCGCUGCACACCCAUCCCUAGUUCCCGAUCUCACACCCAUUUUUAUACCUUCAAAUCUGUUGGGACGUUCAAUGUCAUCGUGACAGCAGAAAAUGAAGUAAGCUCGAUGCAAGCCAGCAUAUUUAUCUAUGUACAACGGGAACUGGAGGGGUUACAGAUUGUGUCUGAGGAACUUGGUGAUGAAUGCUGCUUUGCGACCAACAAAGUCCUCCACUUGCAGGCUGUCCUCCGGGAGGGGACCAACAUGUCUUUCAGCUGGAACCUCCUCAGAGACCAGGAGGCUGAAGUGAACUUCAGUGGGAGAACCAUUGAUGUGAGCUUCCCCACACCAGGACCCUGUGUUAUCUUUCUCAAGGCGAGCAAUCGUCUUGGUCAGCUCACCAUCAACAGGACUGUUGAAUUCCUAGACCCUGUGGGCAACCUGAGCUUGAGUGCAGUGCCCAACCCCGUAGCACUAAAUACUACCAUGAACUUGACAGUGUUUGCAAGUGGUGGUUCCAACCUAGAGUACUUCUGGUUUGCUGAUGGUACCCCAUUUGGGAAUACUCCUUCCCUUGAGUACAAAUUUGAUAGUCCUGGCCUUAAGCUAGUGAGAGUUGAGGUUUCCAAUGAUGUGAGCUUUCAAAACAUCUCUGAAUGGAUUAGUGUGCAAGAACCCAUUACGGGAGUCACGUUUUCUGCCACUGAUGUCACAGAACAAAACUUUGUUACCUCAGGAACAACGGUUUCACUACAAGGAUAUUACCAAACAGGAUCAAACGUUACUUGGACUUGGAACUUUCCCAACAGAUUUGAAACAGGCCAGAUUGUUACAUAUUUUUUUAGUAUACCAGGAGUUCUUAGCAUCACUUUAAAUGCCACAAACGAUAUCAGUGGGGAAGCCGUUACCAGGGAUUUCACAGUGCAGGAUAAAAUAACUGGACUGGAGCUGAAAGCCAACAAGAGUGUCGUCGCACCAAGAGAGGCGGUGGAAUUUAGCAUCGCCAUAUCAACAGGGACAUCGGCAAGCUUUGUGCUGAGCAUCAGUGGCGACUCCACAGUGUUCCUUACAAACAUGACUUAUGUCCACCAGUUCACACGAGUGGACAACUACAUGGUUAACCUGACUGCACAUAACCAAGUCAGCUCAGAAAGGGUUAGCAUUAUGAUAACUGUCAUGGAGCCCAUCACCAGGCUCACCAUGGUCAACUGCUGUGAACCAGCCAUUCCAGUGGGAGUCGCAAAACAUUUCAGUGCAGAGAUACAGACAGGAGAUCAUGUUACGUUUCUGUGGACUUUUGACCUUCACCAUGGGGCCAAGCAGUCUUUUAUCGCAAAGCAAGUGAACUACACACCAGAGGAGCCUGGUCAGCUGACCAUUUAUUUGCGAGUAAUCAAUAUCUUGGGUGGUCAAAAUGUGACUAAAGUUAUUCAAGUCCAGAACAUCCUGACCUCUGUCACUCUUGAUGCUCAGCCUCAAGAUACGUUCAUCAACAAGUUAGUGACUUUUCGUGCAUUAGUGGCCCCCCAGCCUACUCCAGCGACCUUUCAGUGGACUUUUGGUGAUGGAUCCGCAAAACAGACCACUACCACACCCCUCAUCAGCCAUGCUUACUUACAACCUGGUACCUACCUGGUCAGGGUAAAUGCCAGCAAUCUGGUAAGCUGGACUUCAGCCCAGGUUACUGUCCACAUUGGGGUCUUGGACUGUGAGGAGCCAACUGUUCAGCUCGUUCAGACCCACCGCCUGUUGAUCCGCCGAUCAAAGGCCAAUCUACUGGAGGCCAGUGUGGACCUGAAGGGCUGUGUACAUUAUGGUGUACAGUACCUGUGGGAGAUCUUUGACACCCCUUUGUGCAGCAAUGUCCAGGAGAAUGCUAAGGUCCCAUUGCCUGCCGAGGUGGACGUUAGGAAGCUGCAACUCUCCAUACCCAAAAUGGCGCUACGACCAGGCAACUACAGCACAGUCUUCUCCUUGUCAUACAGUGGUGUCCCCCUCAGAAAGACUGCAUGUCUCCAGCUUAGUGUUGUCGCUGGGAAGUUGGUGCCCAUCAUAGAGGGCGGUACUUACCGAGUUUGGUCCAAGACCCAUGACUUGCAGUUGAGUGCAGAGCAGUCCUACGACCCCAACCUAGAGCCUGACAACCAGUCUCUCCUGACAUACCUGUGGGAGUGCCUGAACACUUCCAAGGGUCCCACCUAUUGCAACACCCUCAACUUCGGGCUAGGCGCCAACGAUCCAGUGCUGGGCAUUCCCGGAAGCGAACUGGAGGCCGACGUGGCAUAUACCUUCCGACUCACCAUCGGCAAGGAAGGCAUGAGCCCCGAGUCCACUAAUCAGACGGUGUUGGUGAAGAGUGGCAGGAUCCCCAUGGUGUCACUGGAGUGCGUGUCUUGCAAGGCCCAGUCUGUCUACGAGGUCAGCCAGAACUCUUAUGUCUACCUGGCUGGCUCCUGCAGCAACUGUCAGGCCUCCCACCGUGGGCGCUGGACGGCAAUGACCCUCACCAAUGAGACCCUGGUCCUGGAUGCAAUGACCACCACCACUGGCAGCAAUGGGAUGAAUCUGGUGCUGCGACAGGGUGCCCUACGCGACCGCAGCUCCUACGUGUUCAGCCUGCACGUCUCUGACGACCAUAUGGACCGCGAGGGCGUGGCCUCCAUCGUGUUGCGGUCAAACCUGCCCCCAUCUGGUGGCUCCUGCUCACUGCAACCCGACGUGGCCCAGCUCAGGACUCUUGUUGACAAGGUGCACUUCACCUGUACAGGCUACAUGGACUCAGAUGACAGUGAAACACCGCUGCUGUACAGCCUACUGGUGAUGCGGUGCCUCAAGUCACAGUGUGAGGAGUUCUGUGUGUACAAGGGCACGAGUCCCGAACACACUGCCUUCCUGCCUGCCGGGCUGCAGGGCAACAAGUACAAGGUGGAUGUGUUCGUGUUUGUGGAAGACCACCAGGGAGCAGCGGUCACAGCUCUCAACAAGUCGAUUGAGGUGCUAUUUCCGGAGACCCCUCCUGGCUACGUAAGCCUUGCCCACUGGCUUUAUGACCUGACCAACACCACCCUGAGGGACGUGCUGAAGCAGGGUGACCCCCAGCGGGUCCGUGAGCUCUGUCUGGCCCUCAUUACCGUGCUCAAUGAGUAUGAAACUAGGUCUGGCACCGAUGUAACAGAGAUGGAGAGGCAGUAUCGUGUCAACGCACGGAGCAACAUAACCCGCGCCCUGACUUCCCUGGACCUCAACACCGUCAACGACAUCCAGCAGACCUCGGCUGCCCUGGCGCAGUGCACGGCAGUAAGCCGGGAGUUCAUCUGCGAGGAGUGUCAGAACAGCACACUCAACAAGCUGGAAUCCAUGCUGGAGAUCCUGCAGAGCGACACCAAGCAGGGCACGGUGACGCCCACCGAGAUCGCCGACAAUAUCCUCAACAUUAUGGGCGGGCUGAUCAAUUUGGGAAGCCAGACGCCGCCGCCGGAGCCUGAGGACAAGCUGUGGUCGUUGAAUGAACUCCACCCACUGCACGUGGCUGCGCGGGCCUACAGCCUGUCCUCAGAGCUCAUGCGCAUCCUCAUGCACUCGCGUGUGCUCAACGAGGAGGCGCUGGUGCUACGUGGCACGGAGAUCAUCACCACCGGCAAGCGUGCUGACCCGCAGAGCCUGCUGUGUUAUCAAGACAGCCCCGACUGCCCCUUCUCUAUCCCGCAUGCUUUCCGCAGUAGUCUGGGUGACCGCACCCGUGUGGUCCAGCUCCUCGUGCAGGUCGAGUCCAAUCCCUUCCCCUUCAAUUUCGUGGGCAACUAUACCGUCUCUACCAAGGUUGCCUCCAUGGAGUUCCAAACAGAGAACGGCACCCGGAUCCCCGUUGCCAGCCUGGGUGACAGCCAGGCCAUCACAGUUGCCGUGAACAACAGCAACGGGGUCGCAGCGCCGGAGAGGCUGCUGUCGGUGGCAACCAAUGUCAGCCGCUGCAGUUCGAUUAUCGCCCAGAUCAAGACGGGCAACAGCAACCGCCAGGCUGGCCUGCAUAUCAAGCUCUCCUUCAGCCCACUUGAUGAUGCAGAUGAGCCCACCGAAGAGAACCCCUUCAUCGAUGCCUACCUGCACAACCACCCCUCCCCCAAUGAGUACAACUGCACCCAACACAAGAGAAUCAGCCUUCACAUGCUUGGCGAGCUAGACCACAAGCCCUACACCUUCUUCCUGUCUCCACAGUACUAUGAUACCACCCAGGAUUACUACGUGAAUGUGACAAAAGGGUGCAGCCCAGGCUCCAGUGGGGUGCGCCUCGAGGUGUCCGUGUUCACAUCCCUCUGCCAGUACUUCAGCGAGAGUGACAGGCUAUGGCGCACGGACGGCAUGCAGCCACUGGCUGAGACCACCCCCAGCCGCGCUGUCUGCAGCACCCGGCACCUCACCGCCUUCGCAGCCAGCCUUUUCGUCCCACCAGGCGCCGUUCGCUUCAACAAGCCUCUCCCAGCAGCCCCCAACAUUUCGGUGCUGCUCACCUGCGCUGUGGGGCUCCUCUGCUACUCGGUGGCAGCUGCCAUUCUGCACCGGCUGGACCAGAUGGACCUGCGGCGGGCAGCCGUGGUGCCGCUUUGCGGAAAGGACGGUCUCUUCAAGUAUGAGGUGCAGGUGAAGACUGGCUGGAGCCGUGGAGCAGGCACCACUGCACAUGUGGGUAUCAGCUUGUACGGUCAGGAAGGCCGCAGCGGCCACCGACACCUGGACUACAGCGGGGCCUUCACCCGGAAUAGCCUGGACAUUUUCCAGAUUGCCACAGAGAGCAGCCUGGGCAGCUUGUGGAAGAUCCGCAUGUGGCAUGACAACAAAGGUCUUAGUCCUGCAUGGUACCUUCAGUACGUGCUGGUGAAGGACCUGCAGACUGGAAGCAGCUACUUCUUUCUUGUGGAGGAAUGGUUGUCUGUGGACAACGAGCAGAUGGACGGCAGGGUGGAGAUCGAGGUGGAGGCCACUGCCGAGGCAGACCUCUGCGAAAUCCCUCGCCUCCUCAGAUGGGAGUUGCAACGCGCUGUGUCCGACAGCCACAUCUGGAUCUCGCUCUGGGACCGCCCGACGCGCAGCCCUUUCACCCGCCUGCAAAGGGCAACGUGCUGUGCCCUGCUGUUGCAUCUUGUUCUGCUGGCUAACGCGGUGUGGUUCAGCACUGUGGCCGACAGGAACCUGGAUCACCGGGCCUGGAGUGCUGCGCCAGUAUCCCAGCACACCAAACUGAACAGCGAAAGCCUAGCAGUGGGGAUGGUGAGCUGCUUCAUCGUGUACCCGCUCUACCUGCUGGCACUCUGGGUCUUCAGGAUGGCCCGCAGUAAGGUGACAGUGGAACAGGUUCCUGCUCAGGUGGACCAGGAGUCCCUGGAGAUCGAUGACUUCCUGGACAACUCUAUGGCAGGCAGCUCCUUUCUCAUUUUGAACAGCCUCCCAGGAGAGACCUAUUCGGAGGAGACCAACGUGGACAUGGCUACCCUUUCCAAGAGCCUCAACAGGUGGGGUGUGCAGGAAAGGGAGCGGACGGCCACCUGGCCGGACUUGCUGAACAGUCCUGUCGCGGCAGGGGAGGCGCUGCCCAAGUUGAAGAGAGGUCAGGGCAGCCGCCAUCUCGGGGUUGACAUGGCCCUGGUACCGGAGGAGGAGGAAGUGGGAGGCUAUGGACACAGAAGCAAGUAUUUCACCUCCUCCGAUGAGGACCUGAUCAAACGCAUCCUAGUGGAUGGACAGCUCCAGGUGUCCAGGUUCUGCGACGCCCAGCAGUUCUUCGCCCAGGCCGACGGCGAGAUGGCCGAUCUUUCCAGCAUUUUUGGGGACAAGACAGAAGUGAUCCUCCUGCAGAAGCUGAACGAGCCUUUACCCACCGGAGCUGUGAGGAGGGAACCUCCAAAGACUGCCUUCACCUCCCGCGCAGUAAUGACAGAUGUGUGCCGCCGGCGGUUCCCUGCCUGGUGCGGGCGGGCUGCGCUCGUGGUCAGCUGGGGGGUGCUGGCACUGUCCAGCGGUCUGGCCUCGUGGUUGGGCCUGGGAUUCAGGGACAGCGUAGUUGCCAUGUGGCUCAUCUCAGCCAUAGGCAGCUUCUUGGCCUCCUGCUUCAUCCUCGAGCCACUGAAGGUGCUGGCAGAGGGCCUGUACUUCGCCCUGCGGGUGCGUCGGCUGCGUCCGGAGGAGCGGGAUGAGCUGGUGGAGAGCCCCCGCGUGGAGCCCGUCAGCCAGAGAGUGCCCCGGGUGCGUCCGCCCCAGGGAUUCGCCUUGUUCCAGGCCCGGGAGGAGGCUCGCAGGGUCCGCGUGCUGCACGGCCUGCUGAAGAACUUUGUACUGUACAUGCUGUUCCUGCUCGUCGUGCUGCUGAUGAACUACAGCAACGACACCGGAAGGACCUUCCAGCCGCGCCUGCGGAGCCAGCUGGAGCGCCGACUCCUCACCGCUGAUUACGCCAACGUUAGCGGGCGUGAGGACGCAUGGGCGUGGCUUUACCACAAGCUGCUGCCUUACCUACACGACAGCCACGUCCUCAUGCAGGAGACCAGCAGCCUGCUGUUGGGGGUGCCCCGGCUCCGACAGACCCGCACCUCUCAAACCACCUACAGCUAUGGAAACGAAACGGUGGGUCCGGGAUGGGUGGAACUGGCGUCUGGGCUUGGCCAGAACUGGACCGGCAGUCGUGCCAACACCACUGGGGCUUGGCACUGGGGCAAGGCCUCCACAUACAGCAGCGGGGGGUACGUCCAGGUCCUACACACCUCGCUGGAGGAGUCCAGGGCUGUGGUGAGACACCUGCAGGACCACCAAUGGCUGGACUCUCUGAGCCAGGCCCUGUUCGUGGAACUGUCCCUCUACAACACUAACACAGACCUGCUGGCCGUGGUCACCUUUCUGCUGGAGUUCCCCGGGCCGCGGGGAGCGCUGAGCAGCCUGGAUGUGAAGACGUGCCGUCUGCAGAGGCUGAGCGCCGGCCUCACCCUUCAGCUGCUGCUCACGAUCUUCCUGCUGGCAUUUGUGCUGUACUUCUGCGCCCGCAAGAGCGCCAGCAUAUACCGGGAGGGCCGCAGCUACUUCCUGCAGCCAUGGAACGUGGCUGGCCUGUUCAGCCUGGUGCUGACGCUGGCCACUGCCGCGCUCCACCUGAUCCGGUCCACACUGGCCGACCAGCAAUGGGCCUCCUUCGUGCGCCAGCGCCACACCUUCACCGACUUCUACGUGGUGGCCUUUCAGAGCCAGGUCUUCUCGCAGCUCUCUGCCCUGCUGCUCUUCAUUCUGGUGCUCAAGGCGUCCCACCAGCUGCGCUUCCUGCGGGAGUGGGCAGUUUUCGGGAGGACCCUGCAGCGCUCAGCCUGGGAGCUCUUGGCUGGGGCCGUGGUCCUCUUGGUGCUGCUGUUGGCGUACUCGCAUGCCGGAUACCUGCUCUUCAGCACGGGGCAGGACGGGCACGGCGGCAUCCACACAGCCUCCCUGUCCCUGCUGGGUUUGGGGCAGGGUCUGUUGGCCUGGCACCCAGUAGGCAGUGGUCCCGGGGACUCUGCCACCGCACUGGUGUUCCACGGCAGCUUUGCUGUGCUCUGCCUGCUCGUGCUGUGGCUGCUGACGUCGGCGUUGCUGCGCAGCUACCGGGUGUCUCGCGCCGAGCUGUACCGGCCCGCCGUCGAGCCGCAAGACUACGAGAUGGUGGACCUCUUUUUGCGCCGCCUCAAGAUGUGGAUGGGGCUGAGCCGGGUCAAGGAGUUUCGGCACAAAGUGCGCUUCGAGGGCAUGGAGCUGCCGCCCUCCCGCUCCUCCUCCACCAGCGACUGCAAGUCCCUGUGCCUUCCGCCACUGGACCCCCCGGAGGUGCCGCCCACACCGGACAGCAUGGAUGCCAGCUCCGAGGUGUCCUGGAGAGCCACCUCAUGCAGCCCCUGCAGCCUGGCAGAGGGCGGCCUCAGCGCGGCAAGCUCAAGCCUAGGGGCGGCAUGGCGCGAGCGGGCCGAGGUGGAGGCCACGUUGAGGCGCUUGCUGCCCGCGUUCGACUCGUUGCUCUUGCAGCUGGAGAGGGUCACUCGAGCCACAGAGGAGCUGUACCGGACCGAGUGCCGGCUGGAGCGUUUCCAGCGCAGGGGGCGCGCUCGUGCCCAGGACCGAGAGCGCGGCCGGAGGCAGCAGGGACGCAGAGACUCUGCUGGAUGGAAGAGCCAUUGCAAGGCAGGCCACAAGAGCCGGUCGUCCACUUCAAGCUCUCGCAGCAACAAGCCUAACCCGGACCUCGCUCCCACGCCCACCCCCAUCUCCGUCCACGCUGCCCAGCGUCGCGAAUGGGAUGGACAGGGGGAUGGCGAGAGCAUCCCGUCCAGCCUGUUUCGGCAUCCGGCCCACACCACCACCAUCCCCACACGCAAGCGCAAAGCCACACCUCUAAAAAACAAGGUGCACCCCAACACGGACGUCCACGUUUCGGGGCACCCAAGGCCUUGAGACGCCCCCUACAGACAGACAAGGAAUCCGAGGCUUGAAGGAAACAAGGGAGCCCAUUUCAGAGUCACUCCCAGGAAGUGAGGUCACGGGUGGCAGCAGGUUUUGCCACCCACCCCCCACUCGGCCCGAAGUCUCUCGGCCUGAGACCGAAGGGUGCCACGGGCAGAAAGUCGAGCAGUUGGUCGAGUUCAGCAAGUCAACGUAUGUGUGUUAGAAGUCGAGUCACGUAGUCGGCGUGGUAACAAAGGUGCAGGUCACCAAUUGUACCCCCCCAAACAUGAACAGCCCCCUUGCCCAGCCCUGGUGGCCGAGUGAGAAAUCGACAAAAGCGCAAAUUGUGCUUAAAAAAAAAAAAAAGAAAAGGUGAAAUGACAGAAGAUUAAUAACUAGAAGCGUGUCCAGUGUAUUAUCGGCAGUACUUAAGUUCUUGGUUUGUUUUUGAUAUUGUUUUUAUGAAUGAGGAAACUGCUGUUAGGUGGCAGUUAUGGUCUGUACAUACGUCCAGAAGCAGUCUAUAUAACAGGCACUAUUAAAUAAUUAUUAAAAAAAAAGAAAAGAAAAAGUAGGUAAAUACGGUUGGAAGAGCUCUCCCCAGUGCUUCACCAUACGGUCAGGAGCUCCUGUCCCACCUGGUCUCGGAGGAACCAUGUCACACUGCGGGUGCGUUCAGGCUUUAACCACCCCCCUCCCUCCAAAACAGAGGCCCAGACCAUCACAUCCAGGCAUGCUCUUCGCUCCCACCCCUGGGGAAUCAAAACGAAUGAGCAGUGGGACAGGGUGGGGCAGGAGAAUAAGUUUGAUCCCCCCCAUACUUCGAACUUCAUUCCAGUCAGCCCAGCACGGCGAGGAAUAAGGAUCCCCCACCAUCGCCCUUCUCACACAAUCAAUGAGAGCCAUUUACACAGAAAGGUGGGCAAGAGGCUAAUGCCUUUUCUUCCCAUCACUUCAAAACGUGGUUCUGAACAUAACUGAAAAGCACUUUCUAGUAAAGAAAUGAAAAUAAGCUUCGUACAGUAAGUCAAGUAGCUACACACAUGCAUAAUUUUCUGUAGUUGCCAAAGCUUGUGCAUCAUUUAAUGGCCAGAAAAGUCUUACUUUGUUUUUUUUGUACUUCGCACUUUAUUUGUAUGUGAAGCUGCCAUGAUACAUAUAUGUUUCUGUUUUAUAAGGCUAUACAGAAAUAUCCAUGUCUUAUAUUUUUUAUGAAGUGCUUCAGGAUAUUGAUCUAUUACCAGUUUUAUUUUCCUUUGAACCAAAAUGCUUACUCCUCCACCACAGGAAUGUUUACUGGCACUUUUUUCUCAGGGACCCUACCCCCCCCACCCUUUUUC